UGUUCACCUAGUAUCUGAGUUCUUUCCUUAUACCCACUCUCCUGCAGCUUUGUGGCACAUAUCCUUUGCUCUUUGCUUAUCUUGCCUCGCCUCUUUCACCGUUUCUAUCCUUUGUUACUUGUGUUCAGAGAACUGCAAAUGGUUCCAUUUUGUCUAGGAUGUAGGGAAAUGGUUGGAGAUGAGGGUGGAAAGGUGGUUUGAUGCCCGAGCUCAGAGGACUUGAGAAAUAGAUGAGAAAUGAUUAAGUAGGACAUCAUUAUGCAGGUUUCUGUGUGGAUUAUGAGGUCAUUUGAACUCGGGGUGUUAAUCUGAUUUCGUUGUGUGGCCUGGGUUAAAAUGAAGAAAGGAGGUGGCAGGGAGUCAGCAUAACAAAGGAGGCCCCUAUUUGGGGAGGUAAACCUGGUUUUUCUGAUGUUCAGUUUUCCUCAACUAUAAAGAGAGCUUGGACGGGUAAUUUUUCUCUCCUUUCCCCCAUAUCCAGAACCAUGUUUUCACAUGAAAUGGCUGCUUUGCUUGAAGUGGGGUACAGGGCCAUUCUCUGACCCCUCCUUAAUAUUCAGGGGCAGCCUCUGAGGAACUCCAGAGAAUUUUAGAGCCGUUUGAAAUACAGUUUAAAAUCACUGACUUGGAUAAUCUCAGAUUUCUAGCAGCUUUUGAGAUUCUGUGUUUCUCUCCUGCUCAGCGUGCAUCUGUCAAUUUUAUUUUCCCCACUUGUCAAAACAGUAAGUAAUACAGAUAAUGCUGUGUUCACACCAGCUUGUUUUUAAAGACUCAGAAUCUUAGGCUGAGGAAAAAGGAUUCCAGCCACACAUUUCCUCUCUUGGUCUAUGAGUCACUAGAGGAAUUCCCCAGUAAGGUAGCGUUCAUGAGAGUUGGGCUAGGCCACAGAGGACAUGAUCAAGGAGAGGGGUAGAGUCUGAGCAAGCCGGGCCAAGGGCUCAGUUGUUGGGCUUACAAGUACCUUGACUGUAUCGCCCACAGGUGAUGGAGGACGAGGAGAAGGCAGUGGAGAUCUUGGUGAGCAACACGGAAGCUGCUCAUUCUCCAUCCCCCAUCCGCUGCUGCUGGCUCCGCCUCCGCUACUUGGCAGCUACUAGCAUUAUCUGUGGCUGCUCUUGCCUGGGAGUCGUGGCCCUUGUGUUUGCCAUCAAGGCGGAAGAGCGGCAUAAGGCAGGCCGGUCCGAGGAGGCAGUGUACUGGGGGGCCCGGGCCCGGAGGUUCAUCCUGGUCAGCUUUGCGGUCUGGCUUGCUGUCCUCGUUCUGGGCCCCCUCCUUCUGUGGCUGGUGUCCUAUGCCAUCGCCCAGGCUGAGUGACCCUGGGUGGCCUCUGCUGAGAGUCAGCCAAGACCUCCUGGAUCCUGCAAUGCGGCAUUGCUAGGGUCCGGUGCCAGCAAUGGUCCUUCCUGGCUGGAAGGAUGGUGCCUCUCUCAAAGGGCUUUGGAAGAGCUCUUCUAGCCCUUUAUAUAAAAGGAGGCAGCAGCUGAAACUGAUGAGGGGA